AUGGAACCGCCCAAUUAUGGUCCAAAUCGGUCGCAAAAGCACGACAAGAACUAUGGCCAGCCACCAAGUCCCAAGGUCUCGGUCGAGAUAGGACAAGUCAGCAUGCACGAUAUCAGUCCUGCCGAAGAUGACGAUCUCGUCACUGCAGUUAAGAAGGCGGUGAAUCAUCGUCGACUUGGCUCUAGGCAACUUCAACUCACAGCAAUCGCUGGAUCAAUCGGAGCUUCACUCUUCGUCGCCAUCGGCUCUGGCGUCUCAUCCGGACCUCUGUGCUUACUCUUUAGCUUCAUAUUCUGGGCGACCAUUGUCUUCUCUAUCGCCCAAUGUCAAACCGAGAUUGUUACUCUAUUCCCUCUAGACGGUUCAUUCAUCCGCCUGGCAGGUCGCAUGGUUGAUCCAGCUUUGGGGGUCACAGCAGGCUGGAACCUCUUCUUUGCACAAACAUCAUUUGUGAUCUUCGAGGCAACAGUCAUCAACACGCUCGUCACUUACUGGGGCUACGAUCAAUCUCCUGCGGUACUAAUCUCUGUUUCCCUGGUACUAUAUCUCGCCCUCAACAUAUAUCGAGCCGAUGUUUUUGGAGAAGCCGAGUUUUGGUUGUCUUUGUGUAAAAUUCUGUUGGCCACUGGCCUCAUAGUCUAUACUUUAGUUGUGAUGCUUGGUGGUAACCCUCUACAUGACCGGUUCGGUUUUCGCUAUUGGAAAGAGCCGGGACUUUGGACAGGCGACAGCCCAGUCACACGACUAGAGUCAUUUGUCAACGCGGUAAAUGUUGCUGGCUUUGUUAUGUCCGGACCAGAGUACAUCUCGAUGGUUGCUGGCGAAGCUAAAGACCCGCGUCGCACUGUCCCUCGAGCUUUCAACACGAUAAUGAGUCGUCUGAUCGUCUUCUUCAUCGGCGGUGCCCUUUGCGUAGGCAUCCUUGUUCCUUCUAACGACAGCACUCUUACCAAUGGCUCGGACACGUACGCAGGCGCAUCUCCCUAUGUCAUCUCGAUGCGGCGGCUCCAAAUUCCUGUGCUGCCUUCGAUAGUGAACGCAGCAUUGUUGACCAGCAUCGUAUCGGCUGGUAAUGCGUACACGUUCAACGCUUCACGAAGUUUGCAUGCCCUCGCCUUGGACGGGCAAGCUCCAGCAUUUCUGCGUAGACUGAACAAGAACGGUGUGCCCUACAUGGCUGUCAUCGCCGUCAUGCUAUUGUCUUGUCUGGCCUUCCUUGCUCUUGGAUCAGGUAGCAGCAAAGUGCUCUCCUGGAUCUUGGACUUCUGCACUGCGUCCCAGAUGCUGAACUGGGCGAUCAUGUCUGCUACAUGGAUUCGUUUCAACGCUGCAGUAAAGGCGCAGAAUGUCGACCGCCAAUCUUAUUUGCCUGUUCUAUCUCGCUGGCAGCCAUAUGCGGCAUACUGGGCUCUCUUCUGGGCUACGAUAUUCCUCUGGGUACAAGGGUAUGCUGUGUUUCUGAAGGGUAAUUGGAGUGUGGCUACUUUCAUCUUCAAUUACGGCAUCAUUGCGUUGGCUGGUGGUAUUGGGAUCGUCUGGAAGGUGGUCAAAGGUACACGCUUUCAUCGCAGCAAAGAAGUUGAUCUCGCAUCGGACUGCGACUUCUUUGAUGCUUUGACGGAGCACUACCGUGGUGAGCGGGAGGCUGAGGGUGCGGAAUCUAGCACGGUCAAAGGUCGGAUCAUGUCGAAGCUAUUCUAG